ACACACCUACCAUCAGUCCAUCUCUGUGAAGACAACAGACUGACAGAAGCUUUACAAUGCCACGCUUUACAGUGCAUGUGAGGGACGAGUGGCUGACCGUUCCCUGUAAGGACACGUCCUACACUAUAAACUGGUUGGGAGUGGAGGCCCUCAAACGCUACGUCAAAAACAAGCCUGAUAAUGGAGGAAUCCCGCAGGCCAAAGAGGUGCGCUUUGCGGCCAGGAGGUGUCAGGGACAGGGUCUGCUGGAUGCUGAUGACAUUAUAGAGGAUGUCUUGGAGGACAAUGACUUUGUGGAGCUUGAGAUUGAAGGAGACACUAUGUCAUCUGACUUCAUUCCCAGCCAGCCUGGAAUGUCAUAUUUAACAAGACCCUACAGAGAGCCCAGCGAGUACAUUUUUCUAGAUGGCAGCAGUUUGAGUUCCACUGAUCUAGUCAACCUAGGGCGAUGCCGCUACAAAAUUAAGUUGACUCCUGAGGCUGAGAAAAAGGUUGAGCAGUCAAGAGAACUUCUGGACACCAUAGUGAAAGAAAAGAAAGUUGUGUACGGGAUCACCACAGGAUUUGGGAAGUUUGCUCGGACGGUCAUUCCAAUCAGCAAACUUAAGGAACUGCAGGAAAAUCUCAUUCGCUCACACUCAGCAGGGUUGGGCAGGCCUCUGAGUCCUGAGAGAACACGCAUGCUGCUGGCCCUCAGGAUAAAUGUCCUGGCUAAAGGAUACAGCGGCAUCUCUCUGGAAACCCUCCACAACAUGAUACAGGCCUUCAAUGCUUCCUGUCUGUCAUACGUUCCCGAGAAAGGCACGGUGGGUGCCAGUGGAGACCUCGCUCCUCUCGCUCACCUGGCCCUGGGGCUGAUGGGGGAAGGGAAGAUGUGGUCACCUAAGAGCGGCUGGGCUGACGCCAAAUACGUUUUGGAAGCUCAUGGACUGAAGCCUGUAUCUCUGAAACCAAAAGAGGGCCUGGCUCUGAUUAACGGGACUCAGAUGAUCACCUCUCUGGGUGCAGAGGCUGUGGAGAGAGCAGAAUCUAUUGCCAUGCAGGCUGACGUCAUCGCUGCUCUCACUCUAGAGGUCCUGAAGGGAACCACGAAGGCGUUCGACAGCGAUAUUCAUGAGCUGCGUCCACAUCCGGGACAGAAGGAGGUGGCCUUGCGCUUCCGUGCUCUUCUGGACUCUGAUCACCACCCCUCAGAGAUUGCAGAAAGCCACAGGUUUUGUGACCGAGUCCAGGAUGCGUACACCAUGCGCUGCUGUCCUCAGGUCCAUGGUGUGGUCAAUGAUACGAUUGCUUUUGUGAGAAAUAUCAUAAACACAGAAAUUAACAGUGCUACAGACAAUCCUAUGGUGUUUUCUGAGCGAGGAGAGACUAUUUCUGGUGGAAAUUUUCAUGGAGAGUAUCCAGCAAAGGCCUUAGAUUAUUUGGCUAUCGGAGUUCAUGAGCUGGCAUCAAUCAGCGAGAGGCGUAUUGAGCGUCUGUGUAAUCCGUCUCUCAGUGAACUGCCUGCCUUUCUGGUUAAUGAAGGAGGACUGAACUCUGGCUUUAUGAUCGCACACUGCACUGCUGCAGCCCUCGUUUCUGAAAACAAGGUUCUGUGCCACCCCUCCUCAGUGGACUCUCUGUCCACCAGUGCAGCCACUGAAGAUCACGUGUCCAUGGGUGGCUGGGCUGCCAGGAAGGCCCUGAGAGUGAUCGAACAUGUUGAGCAAGUGCUGGCCAUUGAACUGCUUGCAGCCUGUCAGGGAAUUGAGUUUCUCCGCCCAGUCCGCACCACGACCCCGCUGGAGAAGGUGUAUGAUCUUGUGCGUUCUGUAGUCAAGCCCUGGAUAAAAGACAGGUUCAUGUCUGCAGACAUUGAGGCUGUUCACCGGCUUUUAGUAGACCAGAAGGUGUGGAAUGUUGCUAAGCCAUACAUUGAGAAGUACUGCACCGAGCUCUUGCCUGAAUCUCGUCCGUCCUCUCCCACCGCCUUCUCUCUGGACCCUCCAACAUCACCCCGGAAACGGGUCCGACACGAGUGACCAGGACAACGUUUCUCAUUGAGCUGAACACAUAGUUCAGUAUAAAUUCAUGCUUCUGUUCUCAGUACUGGUUAGGGCUUUUGUACUAUUUGUUUUUUCAAUAAUGUUAAUUUGAGAUGACAAUUUUCUUUUCAUUUACAUUAAAGUACUUCUGCUCUUCAUUUAUUAUGUCUGUAUUUAUGAAACUAUCGUAUAUUUCAUUUUCACUGACAUUAAGACUAGAAAGGGGCAAUAUGACAAUAUUUGACUAGGGUGUUAACAGUAUACUUUUAUAAGCAUAUCGAGAACAUAAUCAGUGUUUAACCCUUUAACUAAUUCUUAAUUGUAUGGUAGAACACAUUUGAGUCACUGUAACUUUCUUUUUCUUUUUAAUUGUGAUGUUGAUAUUUCUGGUUGAUCCUAACCUGAUUGUGCCACUUCUACUACUCAGCAGAUGUAUGAUAGGCUAAUAAAAACUGAAUCUGUCUUUCAAGGAGCUUUUUUAAUUCUCAUUCAUAUAUUUAGUGUUUUAUAGUUUCAGGGGUUUUGAAGAAUGGAAAUAAGUAAAUUAUACAACAUACACUUGAUUUGGUUGCACUUUAUUUGAAGGCUAUUUACAGUGCAUAGAGGCUUCCUUUCACAUCCAUCAGUAUUGAAUAAGGUAUUUAUAAAGCAAUAUUUGGAUAUUUAUAACUAGCUUGUGUUAUUACUAUUAUAAAAUGACAUAAGUUUGGUUAAUAGUUUUGAGGCCCUAAAGUGUUAAAACAUUUUCCAUUCUGAACACAUUCAUUAAGCAGAAUUCAGUAAACAUGUCAUGUACUGGAGUUGUUUUUAUCAUGCCUUAAAUAAAUGUUUUUCCCUCUCAACAGUCAAACCUACACAUUUUUAAAUAUAACCUGCAACUGUGAUGUAUGUAAUACUAUCAAUACAAUUGAAUUAAUUUAAUCCAAAGUCUUAUGGUAUGUUGCAUGUAAUGGUGUGAGCUGUUCAUAUAUAUUCAAAUAAUGCUUUAUACAUGCAUUAUUCAAUCCUCAUGAAUGUGUUAUUAAGCCCAUAUGUAGGUACCCUUUAAAUAAAGUGUUAUUUACCCUUUA